GUCACGUGGUCACGUGACUAGGAACCAUUAUCCCAAACAUAGCAUCCACGUGGCGCUCCCAAAGCACCGCACCGCUCCCAAAGCGCAACCAGUCUCGAGUUAAAUAUAGCCGUCCCCGUAGCGGCGCUGGCAUCUUGUGGGCCGGCCGGGUGCUACAUUGGUUCCAUGCCGAGAAUGUUUGUUUUGCUCGCCCGGUCGCCUUCCUGACAGAGACUUAAUCCUAGCUACUUACACAACACCGGUUCGUUCUAGUCAGAGUACCGGGACUCAGCGAGAGAGACCGAGACAUCCAUGUAUCGUCUUGCUACCACAGACUCUUUAGAAUCGAGGCAACACUGUCUUAAAGGGUUUCUGAGGGAGUACUAAUUCUUAAAGGAUCCGGAGUUUCUUGAGACUGACGGAAUAUGCUGAUACGCCAUGCAUCAGUACGCAUAGGACAAGCAUGUAAGUGAUGUGCUGGGACCGUGAGGUCAGAUGAGAUGAGGCCGUUCCAAUGGAUGCUACAGGAAGCAAUCGUCAUGUUGUUGUGGCAAGGGAUACUACUAGUGAGCAACACAGACAGUAUGGCCACGAAGGCACCGAGAAAACCAUCCCACAUCAACCCACCGAACACUGACAAACACUCCGGCGGUCGUUCGUUUGAGUUCGCCCGAAGACUUAGGCAGGGGAGAUCGGCGGCAUCGGGCAUGCUUGUACGACGGGAUAACGCCGUUCAGGAGUGGUCUCUGUCGGACUACGUGGUCUACAGGAGACAAGCGGACAGAAAGAGGAGAGAGAAUUCUUCUGGGUUUGACCACGCCAGUGCUACGGGUCACCCGGCGGGUUCUACAACUCGCCGCCCUCCGCUAAACGUAGGAGACUCCCACGAGGGGGUUACCUCUCCAGCCCCGCCGGUUUCGACAACACCGGUGUCUCGUUGCUACUACUACGGGUGUUCGGACGACGACGCCGGCCCACCGGCUUGCUAUUUCACGCUACACGGAAGAGAUCUAGACGUGCCACCAAACGUGCCGUGUGUGUGCGUCUGCUCGCCUGACGUCGACGCGUCGGAUUUGAUGAUGACCACACCCGUCCCCAGCUACGACAGCAACGACUACGUCGACUACGCUGCCGCGCUGAACUCACGCACGCCGCGUAGAGGCGACGUCAAUAACUCUAUCUCCGUCAUUGUCUUCCUCAUCAUCUACAUGUUUGUAGUCGUAGGUUACCUCAAACUGACAGUGAAAUGGUAUUAGGGGGGAUACGCCAAAAAGCAGUUACUGUAAUUGCAUUUAAGUUCACGGGGAUUUGAUUUCGCGGUAGCGGGGAAAGGACUUUUCGCGGUGGUUUUAAGUUCACGGUAGCACCAUGCACUGUCGUCUCUUACUGCCAUGGACAAAAUGUUCGAGGUGGUUUUCAGUUCGCGGUACGCGGUAAAUUUGCAACGCGAAAACCGCGAACAUAAAACCACUGGGAACAUUUAAUAUGCAUUUAUAGUACUCAUACAAGCAACUGGAUAUGAUUUGGGAGACUAUCUUUCGUCAGUGACACUGAAGUGAUCUGGUAUCUAGCUCUGGUGACCUAUUGGAAUCCAAAAUUGUCUUGAGCUUGUCUUGCCUUGUUUUCUUUUGGACAUCCAAAGUUGUCUACAGCUCUUUUGUAUCUACAGUUAGGGUAUAAAAGACUAGUUUCUCCCAGAUCACUUCAAAGGUGAUUUUUAACCUCCUUGGUGUCACUGACGAAAGAUGUUGAAUAUUAUAUAUCUGAAACGUCUGACCGUUUCCAAAAUCGUAUCCAGUUGCUUGAGUAAUUGUUUUUGGUGUAUUUUAUUACCUGGAUGUCUAACGAAGUAUUAGGGGGAUCUUUAAGUAGAUGUUCCGAGGGAAGAUCGUAACCGUCGAAUUCUCUAAAGGUCGUACACUCGACGUACGAUCGACGUACGGUCUCAAGCUGGGGGCAUUUUUAAGAUGUGUCGUACGAACUCUGAUUAGAUGCUGCGACAUCUGUAAGAUACCUCAAUUAUUGAAAUAGGGAGUCACCACACCUAAUACGGGAGUUUUCAGAUACAAAUAUCAUAUGUAUCCACAAUAAGAAUUUUUCGUUUAGGAACUGGACAUUGCCUUUCAAGAACUUUCUUGGUCGACUCUUAAAGUUGAUUACUUCAGACUUGCAAUUGAUCUGUAAAAGAUUGGCGAAGUGUAGAGACAAGUUUGUACGCAUCACUGUAGUAACACUUAUGUCAUCACGUUUCCUUGCUGUUUCAGUAGCAGGGUCUAUUUCUUACAAGGAAGGGUUGCUAGUCCUUCCCCUCAAUGUGCUUUAAGCUAAGGGCAAAACCCGCAGUACGUGCAAUUAGUCCGUACGACUUUGUAGGAGGCCACGUCCACCACGUAUUCCUGAAAACGUUAAGGCUAUACAGGACAGACGCGUCGCCCGUACUGGCACGUACAGGGGGCAAAUCCAGACAGAUGGCACACAA